AUGGUUACACGGAUAAUCGAGCUUAAUACCUGCCUCUCCACGUCUACUGCGUUCAUAUUAUGGUUCUCCAUGUAUGCGCCGCAGUCUGAGCGCUCGAGGAAGAAAAUGAGCUAUCCCACGACCACCUCUGAGUCUCUCACAUCCGAGCCCGUCGUCCCAAGCAACGAAAAUUACACUCUAUUCAAAUCAGUUAUGGGUGUGCAGCCUACCUCAUUGAAUCGAUUCGUACCAGGGAGCUUGAGCGUUCUCCCGGAGGCUGGAUACACACAUAAAACACUACCCCAGUCGGCUCGCGUAACUUGCAUAACAUUACCCCCUUCUCCCCCUUCUCCCUUCCCCUCAGCAGGCAUGGCAGAUUCCCUGAGAUUUGAAGCUCAAGACAAUCGAGGGAGAGCUGCGGAAGUGACUGAGCCUGGAAGCAACGGCCCUCCGUCACGAAACGGUACUAAUGUCCGAAAUCCCCACCCGCGCCCUCCCAGGAACCCCUUUUUAUAA